AAAAAUGCGUGAUUGGGCAGUCUCCGGAUUAAAAGAUUGAAAAGAUUGAAAAGAUAAAGGUCUCCUAGACCACAGUAUCACGUUUAUAGGAAAGAAAUCGAAAAUGAUCAGUCUACCAAUCUUCUUGUUUUCCAUCCUCCUUGUUGCUGCCUCUGCCAUUGAGCCUCAAGCCAUCUGUUCCGCCGAUUACGGCAACUACACCCUCAACAGCGCCUACCACAAAAAUCUCAACCAGCUACUUUCUGCUCUGGCCGCCAAUGGUCCAGCCACCGGCUUCAACACCACGGCCGUCGGCAAAGGCCCCGAUCAAGUGUAUGGGCUUGUGCUAUGCCGCGGCGACGUCUCCGCUAAAGACUGCCGGAAGUGCAUCUCGGAUGCAGGCGCCGAUAUCACCAAGCGGUGCCCCGUACAGAAAGAGGGGACCAUUUGGCUAGACUACUGCAGCCUGCGCUACUCGAACGCUAGCUUCUUCGGGGUUAGAGAUGACGAGAUCAAUUACUUCUGGGACACGGACAACAAGGCGGACCCGGUUCGAUUCGCGGGGUUGGCGGGGCAGUUGUUGGCCAACCUAUCUAGCGUCGCAACCGCCAGUGGGUCUGGACUCAUGUUUGCGACGGGCGAGACAAGCUUCAAUAGGUCGAUCAAAAUAUACGGUCUGGUUCAGUGCACAAUGGACCUGACCAUAAGCGACUGCCGAACCUGCUUGGCCAAGGCCUCAGGCUUCAUUCCCAUGUGCUGCUCGCCCCAAUGGGGUGCAGUGCUCGUCUCUAGGACUUGUUAUACGAGGUACGAUACAUACAAGUUCUACUUCGCGUCCGCGGCACCACCACCGCCCAAUUCCUCCCCUCCUUUAGCCCGUCCGCCGCCACUGAAUCCCUCGAAACCGUCAGCGUCGUCUUCUGGUUCAGGCAAGAAAAGCAUUUUGGUGACAGUUAUUUCCAUUAUUGUGCCAUUAGUUGUGCUUCUCUCUGUCAUCUUUUGUGGCAUAUUAGCAAGGAAGACAAAUGCAAGUAAACACAAAGCCAAGGAAGACCUUGCAAACACAAAUUUAAAAAUAUUUGACUUGCAAACGAUCAAAGUGGCCACAAAUGAUCUCUCUGAAGAAAAUAAGCUUGGGGAAGGUGGCUUUGGUCCUGUAUAUAAGGGUACGUUAGAAGAUGGACAAGAGAUAGCAGUAAAAAGGCUCUCCACUCUUUCUGGACAAGGGACGACAGAGUUCAAGAAUGAGGUGCAGUUGGUUGCAAAGCUUCAGCACAAGAAUCUGGUUCGACUAUUAGGUUGUUGUUUGGAAGGAGAAGAGAAGAUACUUGUCUAUGAAUAUGUGCCCAAUACGAGCCUCAACAAAUUUAUUUUUGAUCCCAGUAAACACACAGAAUUUACAUGGGAGCAACUUUAUAGAAUCAUCACAGGGGUGGCUAGAGGACUUGUGUAUCUACAUGAGGAUUCUCGUCUCACAGUUAUUCAUAGAGAUGUGAAAGCCAGCAACAUUUUAUUAGAUGACAAUAUGAAUCCUAAAAUUGCAGACUUUGGGUUGGCGAGGCUUCUCCUCAUUGACCAAACACAUCAAGAUACCAACAAAAUUGUGGGUACAUAUGGAUACAUGUCACCAGAGUAUGCAAUGCAUGGCAAAUUUUCUGUAAAGUUAGAUGUCUAUAGCUUUGGAGUUUUGCUGCUAGAGAUUGUGAGCGGUAAGAGGAACAUGGCAUUCCAAGAACUAGGCGAUCAGGAUCUUUUGAGCUAUACCUGGAUGCUCUGGUCAGAGGGCAGAGCAUUGGAGUUGGUCGAUCCUAAACUGUUGGAGUCAUGUCCAAGGGCAGAAAUAUUGAGGUGCAUUCACGUUGGUUUACUCUGUGUGCAAGAGGAUCCAGAUGAUAGGCCAACUAUGUCGUCUAUUCUUCUUAUGCUUAAUAGCACAUCUGUAACACUCCAAAAGCCGUCAACCCCAGCAUUCGUAUUGGACAGAAGCAGAGGCUUAUCAAUUCUAAAUACAAGCAGCUCAGAUAUUUUAGAGUGACGAAUCCAAGGCGAGUGAUGAUUGACAUGUUUGUCGCAAAUUAGGGAUAUUACUGUCUGUGGAUUUGGAGGUUAUCAAGCCUGAAGUUGAAAAAAAAUUGUUCUGGUUUUGUCAGCUUGUGCCACUCAUUAUGUAAAAAUCUCCAUUUGGGUUCAAAAUGUCCUUCAAAUUUGGGUGUUCUUUUGCCAACUCAAGAUUAUCAUAGCCUUCAGCUUUGUUCGUUGGGUUGUAAAGUGUAUUCUGUAAGGGUUUAGAAUACGUGUCAAUGAAUAAAUAUGUUAUUUGAAUAUUUGGA